GAGUUGUAGUUUGUAAAGUCGGGUUUCAUUAGCUACUUUUUAAGGAGAUUGGCCAAUGAAGUGAAGGCUUAUUUGCGUGCUUGUGAAGUGUAAACUUCCGGUCUUUCCACGUUGUCCGUCUUUGGUCCCCGAUUUUUUCUAGCGAUACAAACUGUGGAUUGAUACGACAGGAUGGCUGAUGAGGAACAGCUGUACCAUGUGACCCCGACUGUCCGCAGUGGACCGAUGUCAAGAGUGUCUGGUUGUGAGGUCUACCUCAAGCUUGAGAAUCUCCAGGCCCCCGCGUCCUUUAAAAUCAGGGGAGUCUCGAACCUCUGUAAAAAGGCUGUGAAGGGGAGAAACUGCCAACAUCUAGUCUGUGCUUCUGGGGGCAAUGCUGGAAUGGCGGCAGCGUAUGCAGGGAUGAAACUAAAAACCCCAGCAACUAUUGUCCUCCCAGAGAGUACAUCCGCACAAGUUGCAGAAAAUCUCAGACAGCUGGGAGCAGAGGUACUGGUCCAUGGGAAGGUCUUCGACCAUGCCAACAAGUUUGCCAUAGAACUUGCAUCUAAGCCAGGGGCUGAAUAUAUUCAUCCAUUUGACCACCCAGAUAUAUGGGAAGGACAUGAGAGUUUGAUUGUUGAGGCUGCUGCUCAGAUGCCAGUCAAACCUGACGUUGUGCUGACGAGUGUCGGAGGUGGGGGGCUCCUGAUCGGCAUCGUCCAAGGCAUGUGGAAAGUCGGGUGGAAGGAUGUACCUAUCAUUGCCAUGGAAACAGAUGGGGCUAAUUGUUUCAAUGCAGCCAUCAAGGCAGGGGAGUUAGUCACACUCCCAGACAUCACAAGUGUUGCCAAGUGUCUGGGAUCACUGACGGUUUCCUCCCGUGCAUUUGAACUUCACCAGAAGAAGGAGCACAACAUCCAGUCUGUGGUUAUAGAGGACAAGGAGGCUGUCAGUGCCUGCCUCAGAUUUGCAGAUGACCACAGGAUGCUGGUGGAACCAGCGUGUGGAGCAGCGCUGGCAGCAGUGUACAGCAACAUCAUCCCCGCGCUGCAGCAAGAAGGGCGUCUGGGGAAGGUGGAGACGGUUUUGGUGGUUGUCUGCGGGGGAGGUUCGGUCAGUCUGGACAUGCUGCAGGCAUGGAAGAAACAGUUUGACCUCUGAAUGUUGUCAUGGAAACUCAGACUUACAGGUCCAAUAAACAGAAAACAGAAAUGAUCAUGAUAUCACUCAGCCAAUCACUCCUUUUGAAAGUCCUUUUGCUGGCCAAUCAUGGGUCAUUUAUUGAAGGUAACAGUCUCCAAUCAGCACACUCUUCUUAUACAAUAUGACCUUGGAAUUUUGUCAUGGAAUGUCUGGUCCAAUUGUCCACAUAACACACAUUGACACACAGCAAUAAGCAUGACAUCACCCAGGCAAUCACUACUGGAAAUGCUCUUUCUGGCAAAAUCUGAGGUCAUCUAUGGUGAUAAGAGUAACCAAUCAGCACCUGUACUUAUACAGUUUGACAUCUGAAUGUUGUCAUGAAAAGUCAGGUCUAAUUGUCCACAAAGUUCAAAUUGACAAACGGGAAUAACCAUGAUAUCACAUAGGUGAUCACAACUUAGAAAUCCUUACUGUGGCCAAUCAUAGGUCAUCUAUUGAAGUUAUGGGGUAACCAGUCAGCACACUCCAAUUAUAAUGCAUCAUGGAUGUUGUGUAAUAAUAAUAAUAAUAAUAAUAAUAAUAAUAAUUAAUAAUAAAGAUGAAUAGUUGAAAUUACACAUUAUUUUGUGAAAAUAUGAAUAGUGAUAUAAAAAACUUGAUUUAUGUCAUACAAUGUGCUGGAUGCAAGGCCGAAUACAUUGGACAGACAUGGGACACCCUAAGAGCGAGAGUGACAAAGGCAACAAAUAAGGAACCCCUCUCCUCGGCGUAUCCCACUCAGUCAACACUCAGCACCCAGUGUGCUGGGAAAUAAAAGUAUUUAUAAAACACCAAAUUUUGUGAUAUUCCCGUUUUACAAAUGUGACAAUGAUGCACUGAGAAAGAUAAAAGAAAGUUAUUUUAAUAAUACUUUCAAACCAAAAUUAAAUGGCCUGAAAUAAUUGAAUUAUUUUAUACAAUCCCAUGUAUUGUACAUUUUACUGCCACUACAAUACUUACUUCUGUAUGUGUCGUACGCCUGCCCUAUCGUCUUACGCCUGUCUUAUUGUAAGUCACAAAGUUAGAGUGCACUGUGACGUCAAAACAGCGAAACGGUAUAACUGUACUCGUGAAAAUCACAUGCUUGAAACCGGUUGAGUAAAUUAUACAGCUCAUCUUUGGACUUUUGUAUUUUAAAUAUAUUUAUAUAUCUAGAAGCUGUGGAGUGUCUAAAUGUAGACUGAACAAUCAAGAACACAUUGCAUGACAGAAACUGUUGAAUGCAUUAAUGUGCUUAUUGCAUCACUGAAGUGCUGAUUUUAUAGUUUUAUAGUCUAUACACAUGUUGUCAUCAUUAUACAAUGUUAUUUUCCCGGAAAAUAUACCUCAAACGUUUAUUUUUCUUAAUGUUGAAAGAUGUGUUUCUAUGUGUUUGUGAUCUGUGCUAAAUGCCAGUCCAAGAUAAGAGGUGUGUUUAGGGUUUUCGUUGUUAUAACUAGUUGUAGUGUAGUUGUAGCUGUUGUAGUUGUAGUGUGUCACUGACAAUUGAUGGAUGAGCAUACCCUUAUUUUGGGAACAAAGAAAUUGCUAUUUGUAUUGUUCUUUAAAAAAAAUAUUGAAUGAUUUUAUUUGUAUGGAAACCUGACCUCAAUAGUAACGUGGGAAUAUUUGUCUGUGUCCUGUCUCUGUUCAGACCAAUAAGGUCGUAAUACAGGAAAACAAAAUGUGUGAUUGGAUUCCGAAAUCUGCAUGUUCCACCCCAUUUGUCAGAUACCAUAAUGUCACCAAUGCAACCAAAUGCAAUUACUACUCACAGUUCAAGUCAUUACUAAAUGUGGAAUCAUAUAUUUUACUUGUGGUAUGUCUUCUUACCAACGUAGACUUAUAGCCAUGUUCCGGUGUAAUAAUUUCAGACUUGCUGUUGAACUGGGGCGUCACAACAACAUCCCACAUAAUGAACGUGUCUGCACUUUCUGUUUUUCAAAGGGACAUAACCCUGUUGAAGAUGAAUUCCAUGUUCUUAUGAUUUGUGACCAGUACUCCAGAGCAAGAAGAGACUCUUUUCCCAAACGUCUCGUUACCCCUCCCUCUAUUGAGACUUUUUUAAGACUUAUGUCAGCUGAAAACGAACAAAUUAUAAAAAGCUUAGGUAAAUUCCUCUUCCAAGUCAUGAACAUUCGAAUGGAAAGUGUUGAACGGUGAAUCAUUAUUAAAUCUACUCAGCAUGCAAAUAUAUAUACAGUAUAUUUCCAUUGUAUUAUGGGCCGGUGGCCUGAAGUACCGAAUAAAUUUGUCUGUCAGUCUGUCUGUCCAAUGCCACGGCUGAGUUACCCCAGUGGUAAAAUGGAUUAGUCUCCAUCAUGUCCCAUUUGUCAGGCACCUCAUGAGAAAAUAAAACUUGAAUAAAUGAAAAGGCUUUCAUUGUGCUUUCCAGGCUUUGAUAGCCACAUUCAACAAGGUGUGACAUAUUACCACAUGAAGGUUAGUCAUUUAGCUCUUAGGAACCGAAACAAAGCUUUUAGAAGUCUGUACAUACAAAUGUGUGACAUAUUCACCUUGGUGUGCCUUUUUUUAUUGAGUACAUGUAUUUUAGCAAGGGCUACAUGAGCAACCCUUUAGUAACCAGACAGCAGCACAGCAGAACUAAUUCUGAGAUUAAGCCUUACUAAUUAGGAUGACAAUUGAUGUUGAUUCCCUAUGCUCUUCACAAUUCUUUUAAUAAAUUGAUAUCGUGCAAA